UUUAAUUAAGUGAUUGGAAGUCGAUGAUGGACUAGAGUCCAUUAAAGUCAAUAAAAUAAUGAGUUUUAUUAGUAAUAAAAAUUAAUUUAAAUGUCUCAGAUGGACACUGAGGACCCAAAUGUUGAUAGCAUCAUUGAAGAUGUUGAUGAAAAUGGUAACACUGUGGUCCAGAGCUUCAAGUUGAGUGAUGUAUGGGAUUUUAUUCGUAAUAAAUUCAACAAAGAGCAAGCUAGCAAAGAAGAGGAAUAUAAUUAUUACUCUGAUCAAUCCAUUAUAACUAAUAAUUUCCAUUUUAACCAAACAGUAUCUGAAUGUAAUUAUAAAAUCAAUUAUAUAGCAUUUAAAAGAGUUCGAUAUUAUUUUGAUGAACAUUUAAAUAAUUUCCUAGCAUAUCUAAGAGCUUAUGAACCAAAUAUUGAUCUUGAAGCUUCAUUUAUUUUGGGAACAUUCCUACGAACACUCUUCAAGCUAAUAAUACUAGUCACACAUUAUGAUAAUUCAGCUAUGAUUAAGAUUGAUGGACUUGAUGAAUUAAAUAAUGUAACUAUUUGCCAUAGCAUGAUGUAUGAUGCAUGUCGAGAACUCUUUGGAAUAUCAGAGAAACUGGAAAAAAUAAAACUUGAACGAAAUGAUUGGAGUCUUGAUAAAUGGGGUAGGGCAUAUUGGAACUUCCUACAUUCUUUAUCAAUUCUGGUUCAAUAUACCAAUCAAAAGUAUCCAGAAAGAUUAGUUAUGGAAUAUUAUGCUGCUCUUAUGCUGAACUUUGAUGUUAUUUUACCUUGUGCUGUUUGUGCUGAUAAUUAUCAAAAGAAAAAUCCAUUAAUGUCGGUAUCAUUACCAAUUAUUUAUAGCAAAGAUGCUAUCAAGGUUACUUAUGAUCUGCAUAAUUCAGUACGAAUCAAUAAUGGUAAUGAUAUUUAUGACUUUCGAGAUUUUCUUAAUGAUUGGCAUUUGGAAGCUGAUGAAGUUAAAGUCAAAGACAUUCGUUCGAUUUAUAAAUUUGAAGUGGAGAAAUGAGAAGCUCAUUUUUGGCUGGACUUUUGAGAGUAAUUUGAUGAUGUUGAUGUAAAAAAAAAUAAUUUAUCAAUAAUCAAGACUUGUUUAAGAACAUACAUAUUUGUGUGAAUAAUGACGAAUUAAUGAUUUGU